AUGGCACCCUCCGAGGAGUCUAUCCUGAGCAACUUUCUGCUUGUCCCAGCUUCACUGCCCACAGUUUUGUCAUUGCAGAAAUUUACAGAGCUAUUUCCUAAGCGUCUGAGAAAUCAUCCACAUAUUCGAUCCUUGUAUCGGGAGCUGCAACAGACCCGAGAACAUGACAUGGAUCAAGUGAAUGAAAAUAUUGAUAAUGAGAUUCAGCAAGGUGAACGCCAGAGAGCGGAGCUCCACAAAGCCAGCUUGGCAGCUGGUGUGGAAGCAGCCAAUGAAGAUGAACAGCGGGAGGUGGAUAUGGAUCUUCAUCUGUUUGGACAAACUGCCCUCAAUCUCCAGGAUUAUCAUUCUGUAGAGAGUCUUCUGACUGAAAUGGAGACAGCUUGUGCCCAUAUACAGGAAGAGAUCGAUGAUAUGGACCAGGACUCUAAGGGUCUGGUGGCUCAACUCAGUACCACGGUAGGAGAUUUGAGUGACCUUCGCUAUGGGAAGUUUGCAGGUCCUGGUUCUGCUAAGGAUGUGGCAGAGCAAAGUAUCAAUGCUCUGCAGAACCUGGAGGAUACUUGCUAUCAGAAGAGUAUGCCAGGUGCUUGA